UGCUUCAUAUAUCACUCGGCAGAUAAAACUCGUAUCUCUAACAACUAUGCAAAAUUUUUCUCCGAAGCCAGGUUGGUUUUCCCAUUCGUAUAAUAGACAUCGCCAUUUCUUGUCGUAUGUAGCAUCCAUGGCCCCCAGACGAAAAUCAAAAAUCUGUGUCAAGCUUAUCGACCCGGAAUCUGAUUUUAAAAAAAGUAAAGAAUUCUUCGCAAAUCAAACAUGGAAAGAUGUGUUAAAGGGGUGUGAAUUGCUUUAUCCGCUCGAACAUCCGGAAAAUUACCGCAUCCAAAAAUACAGGAAAAGUAAGACAGCGAAAGACCAAGUACCCACUCUUGCAGAUAAAGUUCAGAAAAUUCGUUCCCAAUAUCAGAACCCCUGCGAGAAUCGCAUUGUAGUUCACCUUGUAAAUAUAUUAGACAAAACUGGUCAAUUGACCCCAACCGACGACCGGAAGGAAGAAAAGGUACUGAAAAAGGGACAAAAAUCGCUUCUGGCGUCAAAACCCGUCAAACCACUGGUGACUGAAGUAACCCAAAGUGCUGUUGCCUUACCAACGCCUAAGCGAGAUUUUAGAAAUCAUACAUGUGUUUCAAAAUACCCGGAUACUGAAGACGAGGACGAGAGCGACGAGGAUACCGACCCGAUGGCCAAACGUACUAAGGAUAGCGUAAUAGACAGGGCGAAAAAAAUGUCGGACAGCGAUCCGGUUUCUCCACAAUAUGCUGCUCAUAAGCGUGCUCAACUCUGGAUGACGGCAAUUUCUCGAAAUACGACAGAUAUCAUUCCUGAAACUUCGACGGUAGCAAUUCCUCAAAUCCCGACAGCAGCAAUUCCUCAAACCUCAACGGCAGCAAUUCCUCAAAUCCUGACGGCAUUAAUAACUCCUGAAACUUUGUCGGCAGCAAUUCCGCAAACCCCGACGGCAGAAAUUCUUCAAACCACGGCGACAUCAAUUCCUCAAACUUCGACGGCAGAAAUUCCCCAAACCCCGGUGGCAGCAAUUCCUCAAACCUCGGCGACAUCAAUUCCUCAAACUUCGACGGCAGCAAUUUCUCAAACUUCGACGGCAGUAAUUCCGCAAACUUCGACGGCAGAAAUUCUGCAAACUUCGACGGCAGCAAUUCCUCAAACCCUGGUGGCAGCAAUUCGUCAAACUUCGGCGGCAGUAGUUCAGCAAACUUCGACGUCAGAAAUCCCUCAAACUUCGACGGCUGUAAUUCCGCAAACUUCCACGGGAGGGACCCACCUUAACAAGGAACCAGGCAGUGGACAACUUUGUCUAACUAUAGGCAACGUCAAUUAUCAACAACUUUCAAUAACUGGGGGUCCUGCCGCUCCAAAAAGGACACGGAGUGAAAGUAGAGAUUCCACAGACACCGUGGAAACUCCGAAAUUGAAGCGCCCACGUCAAGAUGACAACACCAGUGAUCAAGAUUUCAAGGAGGUUGUUCUAAAUCGAUUGCGAGACACUAAGGCGAAACACCUCCUAUCAGCUCAAAAAGAAUGGGAUGAAUGCAAAAUUUCAAAAAGGCUCGAACUUAUUAAACCAGAAUGUACUCGCAAGGUAUACCAUCUAAUCUCAAGUAUCUUCGUCAACCCAGAUACAUAAAUUUCCGCUGGGGGGAAUAACUAAUGGAGUAGAAUCAUAGAAACAAAAAUUAGAAUUCAACUAAACUGUAAAACAAGUAAUAAAAAUAUAAUUUAAAAAAA